CAAGUUCUAACUAUGAUUUCCUACUAGAAUCGCCUAGCUGACCUGUGUCACAGUAUUUCCGCACCUGAUCUCUUCUAGUCAAAAUGGCUGAGGAGCAGCCCGAGAUGGAAGCACGUUACGAGUUCUGCGCCCCACAUUACAGGGACUUCGAUGCUAUAAGCACAGGCUCCCGGCACAGCUCCUGGUUUGGAGAACAUGAGGAAGAUGUGUACGCGGAGGUCGCGACAGCUACUCCCUGUCCAGCCAAGGGACCAAGCAGCAGCAGGGAACCUCUUCGUGACGUAAGGAACGACGCAAACGUAGCUGCGGAUGCUGCCGAAGCAAAGCCGGCUCGGAAGAAAAACAUUGUUACGUCGUGGGGCACAAGCGAGGUGCAGAAGAAGCGCAGAGCAGAGGAAGGUGCCUCCGAGCAACCCAUCGCCAAGGCUGCUAAGCCUUCUAGCGAGGGUGCCGCUCAACGCCCGCCGGUGACCCGGCCCAAGCACAAGAAGGCGGCCGAGACACGGCCCAUUAAAGCAGCUAAGGAGAACCAGCUGAAGGUGGUCAAGAACAUAAAGACCAAGGUGUCCAGGAACUUGGAGACCAAGCUAAAGAGGAUCCUGGAGAAGAGGAGCGCCAAGGUCGCGCUGUCCACCAAGAAGCUCACCAUCCCGGAGGAGCUGGAGCUGCACACGUCCAAGCGGGCACAGGCGCACAGCAGCAAGCAUGGAUCCGGAGAGCAGGUCGAGCAGCUGCACGAAGAAGACCAAUCCGACUCCAGCCCGUACAAGCCCCUGGUGCUCCGAGUCAAGGAGUUCGACAAGACGCCUAGCCGCUUUAAGCGCGUCCCGGACGAGCCGCCACCGUCGAAGGUGCCCGAGAAGCCAACCAUGCCCAAGGAGCCGAAGCUUCGGGUGUUGCGUCGGACCCGGGCCAGCACCUUCAAGCCACGGGAAGUGGAGGAGGAGGAGAUGAUGGCACAGAUGCCGGUCUUCAAGGCCAGCACCCUAAACCCGCUUAUCCUGAGCGGCUCCGGAGUGCUGCGCUUGCCCAAGGUGGAGAAGCGCGAGAAGACGCAGCCGGCGCCCUUCCACUUCGUCACGGACGACCGGGCGGAGCGCCGUGCGGCUCUACAGCAGCAGGUGGAGGGCGAGGAGGCUGAGAAGGAGCUGCCCAAGAAGGCUCGCAAGAGCGUUGCGUUCGUGCCGGGAGAGCCCGUUAUUCCACGCUCGCCGCUUCUGCACACCAAGGCUCGCGCUCGCCAGAGCAAGGUGGAGGAGCCGAAGCACGAGUUCCACGCCCGGCCUCUGCCCAAAUUCAUCAGCAUGCCGAGCAUGGAGCUCAAGUCCUUGGGCGUGCACAUGGAUCUCGCGCCCAAGCCAACGCAGCCGCAGCCCUUCCGGUUAACCACCGAGCAGCGCGGCGAGCAGCACCGCGCCGCCAUGUCGGCUAAGCUGGAGGCCGAGGAGGCGGCGGCGCGGCGUGCCCGUGUGCCGCGCGCGCACGGCUUGCCGCUCUCGACAGACGUGCCUUUGAUUCCACCCAAGCCCGCGCCACGCAAGUCGACCAUCCCUGAGCCCUUCCGCCUGGCAAGCGAGGUCCGGCAUGAGGGGUACGAGGAGAGGCGCCGCAAGGCGCUUGAGGAGGAGGAGGCGGCGAAGCGCGCGGAAGCGGAGUUCAAGGCCAAGCCCGUGUGGCGUGCAAUCCCCUUCCGCGUCCACGACGCCAACCUCCCCUUGACGGUGCCCGAGAACGUACCGCUGCAAACCAACCACCGUGCCGCGGAGCGCGAAGCCUUCAAUAAGGCCGUUGAGGAGAAGAUGAAGGAGGCUGAGUUGGCUGCCCAGCGUGCCGCUGAGGAGGCGCGCCAGCGUGAGGAGGAGGAACGGCAGCGGCUGCGGAAGGCCACUGUCUUCUACGCGCGGCCGAUGCCGGACCUCUCCGUGCCGCAAACCGUAAAGCCGGUUCCUGCGAAGCCGCUGACUAAAGCAGUAUCGCCGCUUCUUGGCAAGAGCAAGAAGCGCCGCACUGCGCUGUAGCGGUGUUGGAGCAACUCCAUCAUGAUCAAGAGUAGCAGUUGCUACAGCCACGGGCGUGACAGGUGGCUCCGAUGGGUGGAUGUGGGUUUGGCGCAUUGUGAAGUUCCGUGAGUUUUAAGGCUUUCAUUAACUGCUGCAUUAUUUUGCAUAUAGACGCUCGGCUGUCGACUGCCCUUUGCGUGCGAAGUGUGAAGUGCCCGCUGCGGACGUGCAUGUCGUGACUAAGCGACAACGGAGCGAGGCACAUGUGACUGUGGGUGUUAGGGCAAAAAUGCUUCUAUGAUGCAACUGUGAUACGGAAUUAGUGUUACGAACCAUGAAUUACAAUGCAACCGAAUACAGGAGCCGAUGAUGGAAGUACGGCAGCUGUCGCAAACCGUGCUCAGCAGGCUAGACAGUGGACACUUGCACAGUACUUGGUAUUGCAGUCGGUUUACAUGCUACUUGACCAAGACCGAGUUAUUUUGCUUGAGCCUUGCUUAGCUCUGUGUUUGUUACACGGUGACCUCUUGUAGGCUCUCGUCGCUUUCAUAAGGACAUGGCAGUCGACUCACACGACUAUACGUUUAAGGUAUUAUUGGUAGGAGAUAGUGGAGUCGGCAAAAGCUGUAUCCUUACAAGAUUUACGUCAGGCUCGUUUGAGGAGAGCACGACUUCGACAAUAGGCGUGGACUUUAAAGUCAAGUAUUUAACAGCAGCUGGCAAGCGGUGCAAACUAACGAUCUGGGACACGGCAGGGCAAGAAAGGUUCCGCACCCUGACCAGCAGCUACUACCGAGGAGCGCAGGGCAUCAUCUUUGUGUAUGACGUGACCCGCCGGGACACCUUCACCGCGCUUGAGGACAACUGGAUGCGCGAGUUCGACAUCUACAGCACCGUGGAGGGCGCCAUUCAGAUGGUGGUGGCCAACAAGGUCGACCUGUCCUCCCAGCGGCAGGUUAGCAGCGGGGAGGGUCACGACUUCGCUCGGCGGCACGGCUGCCUGUUCGUGGAGACCUCCGCGCGGGCCAACCUGGCGGUGGGGCAGGCGUUCGAGGAGCUGCUGAUGAAGAUCCUGGACACCCCCUCGCUGCUGGAGACCACCGCGGUGGGCGGAGUGAAGCUGGGCGGGGCGCCUGCAGCCGCACAGCCAGCCAGCUGCUCCUGCUGAUGACGCUGCUGCUGCUGAUGACGCUGCUGCUGAUGCGACUUGGCAGGCAGCGGUCCACAGCCCACAUGCGGGAAGGAGGAGGCAGGCGGGGUUUGACCGGCGGGAGGAAGGGGAAGGCGGAGAGGGUAACGUCGUGGCGGAGGCUGAUCGGCGGCAGGAGCCUGGGCUUCAAGGGCGGCAUGCCGGGGGUCUGGGGACAGCGAAUAUGGUGGUCACCUGCUUGCGGCUUCCCCUUGGGGGCACCGCAGCAGUAGCAGCAGCAGCCAGUGGUAGUAGCAGUAGCGGUGGUGGUGGGGGUAGGGGGUUGGUGGUGUCGCGAGGCUCAGCAGUGGUUUGCCUCAGGGGACGUGGCACACCCCUCUCGCUAGUGUGUUCCACCGGGGUGAGGAGGACGCGGGUUUGGGGGCGGUGGUGUACGGCAGUGGAGGGGCUGGACUGCAGCUGGGUUGGUGCCCCGGGUUGGCGCCUGGGCUUGUGGCUGUCGGCCUGCAGCCGUGUGUGCCUGAUGCAGUAGUAGUGUGCAGCAGGCGAGUGCGGUACGUCGGCCGGCGCGGUGUCGGCAGGAAGGCCAGAUGUGCAGGAGGACUAGGAUGGCAGGGCACAGCAGCUGGAUGGAGCUCCUCCUUAAGAGCUGCAUGCUGCAUGGAAGUCAUUGGAUGCUGCUUGGUGUAAGCAAGACGUUGCUCUGUGCAUGCAGGCUUCAUGGACGAAUUGCAUGUGCAAAAGAAGAAUGUGCAGGUUGGCCAGUUGGGACUCUUGGUGAGGCAAGGGGCCGGUGGGGGACAUUGGGGUCUCUGAACCCCUAUGGGAAGCCUGCCUGGCCGUCUAGGCUAGGCGGUCAUCCUAACACCGCAUGUAAACAUAGCGUUACCGGCUUGCGUGAGCUCAUGGGAGGGUAUAGCCACAUCCCACGUGUUGCGUGUAUGGUUGGAGCUUUUAGGAUGGGGGUUGGAUGACUAUGACAGCUUUUAUGGGAGGAGGGAUAGUUGCUCUAGUCUGACGAGCCCUGAAGUGGCUGCCGCAACUACGGUACGUGAGUUGCACUGCAGGCGUCAGGUGAGGGGAGCAUACCGUUCGCAAACGGUCAAUAAUAUUUGAAACAGUUAUUUACAAGGUGUUUAUUUGGAGAAUCGG